AUGGCAGUGUCUUUGAAGAGUUUUAUCAAUGUUCCAGGGAUAGUGUCAGAUCUUAAAUCGUUCAACUUUUCCGUGUAUGGGCGUUGGUUUGGUUACAUCAAUAUUAUUCUAUGUAUAGCGCUAGGGAUUGCCAACAUUUUUCAUUUUGGGCCUGUGAUAAUCUUUUCGAUUCUGGCUUUAGGACAGGGGUUCUUUCUAUUGUUUGUGGAGGUUCCUUUUUUGGUCAAGAUAUGUCCGUUGUCUGAGAGGUUUGUUUCGAAUGUCAAGAUCUUCAACUCCAAUAUGAAGAGGACGAUGUUGUAUGGGGUGAUGGCGGUGAUUCAGUGGGUGUCGCUUGUGUUCGAGGUGACGUCGUUGGUUGUUUUGGCGAUCUGUCUAACGGUCAGUGCGAUCUUUUAUGCGUCCGGGUGGUUGACGAAGCAGGAGUUCAAGGAGAGUAAUGUGCUUCGGGGCCCAGGGUCUGAUACGUUCCCGCACGAGGCGUCGGUUAGAGAGAUGUUGUGA